UUUCAUCAUCUGUUUUUAAGGAAUAUUUUAAAGCCUGGUGUGGGACUUGAUUCACUUUCUGAUGUCUUCACCUCCCUAGUGGCUCCCUAUUGCUACCUGUUACUGGUGAUAUACUGUAGACCUCAUUAUGCUUCUCCUGUUUUAUGA